AUGUUUCACGUCUCUCGAGAAGCGCGCCUUCGCUUGUCUCAAGUGCGCCCACGCUCGUCGUGCGGCCACGUCAAAGUGCCUUCGCGUGCAAGCCAACUCGCUGGCCCCCCCCCGCGCCCGAGAGCCUACAUCGGGAGACAGCUGUCGAUUACCGCGUCUGUCGAGCCGACGAUCCUGCACCUCGAGUCCCGAUCGAGAUCACUUCAUGUCACGUGGAGCGACCAGCGGACCAGUCAGGUACUGUCGUCAAAGCCGGACUUUUCGGCGUUUCCGAACCGCACGUAUUGCGUGCUAACACAUCGAGGACAGUUUCAUUGGAAUUGGCUGAGAGACCAUUGCCAAAAGGCAACAAACGCGUCUAAAUUAAAAACAAACGCUUUGAAUUUAUCGCCGCCCAAAACUGGACCUGUCAAAACGGCCAUCAUUGCAAACACCCUGGAAGUUGCCUGGGAUGACGGACUUCGAUCCAUCUAUCCGCUCGACUGGCUGAGACGGAACGACUACUCCGCCACCGCACAGAGGAGUCUCCAACUAGAAACUGCGCCCAUUUCUUGGAACAAGGAAGAAUUCCAAAAUCACGGCAUGCCAACCUACGAAUACCGUUCAAUUCUAGAAGACGAAAGAACUCUCUAUCGUCUUCUCAGCGAUGUCAACCUUCUCGGAGUCGCCGUCGUCAGACAAUCAGGAACCGGCGAAAACGUCGUGCGCGAUUUGGCCUCGAAGCUGGCGUCUGAAAACUUCAUGACUUAUGAAGGCGUGCAAGACGUCACGCUGACAACUCCAGACGUCCAAGACUCGGAACUCUCGUCUCCUCAUCAGGACAUGUGUUAUUACGAAUCUCCUCCGGGAAUUCAAAUCGUACAAUGUCUGAGCGACGGCGGAGAGGCCAAAUUCCUGGAUGGGUUUCGACUGGCGCAAAACUUGAGGAAAAAUGCCCCCGCACAUUUCGAGCUGCUCAGCCUUCUCAGACAGCCGUUCGAGUCCAUGGGCGAACGUCACCGCCUUUUGUAUGCACAUCCUAUUAUUGGCGUAUACAAUUCUGAAGUGAGGGGAAUAUGUUGGUCGCCCCCGUACGAGGGAGUUCUCAACAUAUACCCAGAAUUUGUUGAAGUUUACUACGAAGCGAAAAAAAACUUCUCAAUGAUGAUUAGUGAUCCGGAAUACGUUGUCUGCCACUCGAUGCAACCUGGAGAAGUCCUCGUUGUCAACAAUCGCCGAGUAUUGCAUGCCUAUACGGCCUCUGCCGAACAGUGCAGGUAUCGGUGUCUGCACGUGAACCUCGAUCACUAUUUGAGCAGGCUUCGCGAGCUGGCUCAGGACUACGCAGAAAAACACGACGUCAUUCAUCAAUGUGGGAAUUGA